AUGGCGGCGCAGGAAGGCCAACAGGCAGGAGGAGAAAGCAAAGCUAUCUUCCAGGUCGACGACGAUGGGGACAAGAAUGAAAAGUCUUCCAAGACAGACAUUAGAGAGCUGGAGGAUGGUAAGGAUAAGAAGGCGAAGGUCAUCCCGAUGAAGGAAGGAAAGGCCUGGCACCGUGGAAGGCUCGGGAAGGAGUCGAACGCGGAGCUAAUCAUGGAUGUUUACAAGAAGGGAGGAAGCAUUGCGACCCUUCCUCAGGGGGAGACCGUUGUUAAGCAAGAGGAGCAAGAGAACUUUUCGAUCAACGACGAGAAUCUUAGCACAGAAGAGAAGGCGAAACGAGCGCUGCUGAAGGAAGCGGUGGAUAUGAAGAAGGAGAACCCAGAGGAGGAGAUGACUCUUGGCCUGACAAUCCCAACGGGGAAUCGUUCUAGUCGUGUCGUGUCUGAGGACGCGGCGUUGAAAGAAGAUCUCACGCAAUGCGGGGAGGAGGUCAAGCUGGACGACUAUGAAAGUAUGCCCAUCUCUGAGUUUGGUAUGGCUUUGAUGCGCGGCAUGGGAUGGAAGGAUGGAGACGCCCUAGGAGGGAGCCGGAAAGGGAUCAUCGAACCUAUCGAGAUUCGUGCCCAGCCCGACGGGCUUGGACUCGGAGCCGUUCCAAAGGAAAAGAGCCCAGAGAGAGACCGUGGAAGUCGCAGGUACAUCCCGAAGCCAGGAGAAGAGAAGGAUUACCGAGAAGUUGAAAGAGAGCGCAUUCGCAAAGAGGCGGCGGAGAGGAUGGGUACUCUUACAGUAGGAACCAAGGUUGGGAUCAUAGGAGGAAGACACAGGGGGAUGGUCGGCAAGAUAUCCUACAUGUAUGCACAUGAGAUCAUGGUCCGGCUGGAGGCUAGCGAGGAGGAGGUGACUGUGGACAAGAAAGAUCUGGAUCGAGACAUCUCAAAGGCCGUCGAGAUCCGAAAGCAAGAGCAGGAGAAGGCUGCCCAAAGAGAGAAGGAGAGGAAGGAAAAGGAGAAACAAAAGGGCCAGAGGGAGGAGGAAAGAAGACACAAGCCCUCGGGUCAUCAUGAUCGCCGUAAGAGCGACGAGCAUCAUCACGGCAAGACGGAGGAUGUUGACUGGCUGAGGCCUCAUAUCAGAGUGCGAGUUAUUGACAAGAAAGUCAAGGCUGGCAAGUACUAUCUCAAGAAAGCUACUGUACUCGACGUUGUAUCCAGGGGAGUCUGCACAAUCAUGAUGGAUGACGACAGACGGAUGGUGGAAGACGUGACCUACAAGAUGCUUGAGACGGUGCUUCCCAAGACCGGAGGUUACGUCCUGUUCGUCAGCGGGAAGUUCAAGGGACAACGAGGAAAGCUUCUCGCCAAGGACAAGGACCGAGAGAUCGCAAAUGUCCAGCUAAUGAGCAGCAUGCAGGUGGAGGCCGUACCCAUGGACUCCAUUGCCGAGUAUGUUGGGCGGGAGGGCGACAUGCUCGAGUAGUGCGAAAGGAAGGAAUACAUUACAUUAAAACUUCGACGCUCCUUGCCCUUGCUAGCCAUCCAAAUCUCCGUGGGCUCUUGGGGUAGAGAUGGCGGACAUGGCGGAAGCAGGAGUCGAGGCGUCGCUUCUUAGGACAAAUUUGGAUGACCAGGCCUGCUCAAGGCCCUGGCUAGAGCUGACUGUAGUGGAGGUGGAUUUGGCAUCCGAGGAGCAGGGGCUGUCCACUCGGCGAGGUGUGAUGCCUUCACUGAUAGACUCCUCCGUAUCUUCGUCUAUCACCGACGCAGUUUCUUCCGUGAUUUCCUGGCUUAUGUCAAACUUGUAAUAGGGAUCCAGACAGGGCGAAGGUGAAAGGAAGGUAAAGGAUCGCAGGCUUGACGGGAUGAACAGGUCUUCCUCCACUUCAUACUUAGAGGAAGGGCUCGGAGUCUCGCGUCUCGCUUCUCUCCUCUUGACUCUCUGAACCCUGACUUCUUCUCCUGAAGCAAGGGUAUGGCUCUGAACGUAUUCGUUCGGGCCUGACAUCUCACAUCCCACUGUGAGGUGGAUCGUUGUUCCAGCUUUCCCUUUAGUCAAUGCAAGCAGCUUUUCACUUGGCAGAUUGCGAACCGGCGUAUCUGAUAUGGCGUACAAAAUAUCUCCAGCCAAGAUUGCUCGAGAGUUGUCGGCAGGACCUCCUUCAAUAAUCCUGGAGAUGACCAGAUAACCAUCUUUCCGGUUCUUGAACUCAAUCCCAAGCCAGCCUUCGUCUUUUCCAUUUUCUGCUUCCUCGAGGUUGGCUGGUCUCCAGUUUGGCAAGUAUUGUCGAGUUAAAUCUUUGCUCCAAAGCAUCAGAUGUCUUUGAUUCGUGUCAACGUUCGCUUUCGAUUCAGGUUGCUGCACAUUCCCGAUAGGUGUCUCUGGAGAUGUUGACGGACAGGAGGCAGGGGUUGCUGGAGGGUAGGAGGCACGAGAUGCAGGAGAGUAGGAGGCGGAGAAUGAUUCCUGUAAGUUUCGAGAAGAGGGAUGGUCGACAGCAGCAACGAUUUCAGAGGCAUCGCUUCUGCUCGAUCUUGGUGCUUGAGGGACGUCAAUUGGCCACACGUCUACAUAGUCAACAGCGUCGUCCUCAUUGCCGACAUUCUCCUUUUGCUUGUGAAAUUCCUCGACUGUAAUAGUUGAAUGGUGCGCAGUACGCUUGCUCCUCUUGUGGUGAGUGUGGCAGUCGAUGCAGAAGAAGCUCUCGCAGUCCAAACAGUAAUGCUCCGCCGGGUCUUGGUCUGCACACUCGUUGCACAACAUGUUGCUGGAAGCAGAUACGACCAUCACAAGAUCUGCCAGACUAUCUUGAAUUCGAUUGUUGUCUCGAUCAAGA